CGUGCCUUGUCCUCCGUCAGCUGAGCGAGACGCGGCGCGGGAAAGCCAAGAGCUUCCUCUGUGCCCUGCAGUUCUGAGUGCCGUGUACCCCGUGCCAGUGCCCGAGCGCCCUCGAGAUGGGUCUGCAGGACGAGGACCGCAGCAGGAACCUCCCGUGGGUUGAAAAAUACCGUCCCAAGACUUUGCAGGACUUGAUAUCACAUGAAGACAUCAUAUCCACAAUCCAACACUUCAUUGAUGAGGACCACCUACCCCAUUUGCUGUUCUAUGGACCCCCAGGAACAGGCAAGACAUCUACUAUCUUGGCCUGUGCCAGAAGAUUGUAUUCUCCCAAAGAAUUCAACUCUAUGGUCCUGGAGUUGAAUGCUUCAGAUGACCGUGGUAUUAACGUUGUUAGAGACCAGAUCCUAAGCUUUGCAAGCACUCGAACCAUUUUUAAAUCUGGCUUUAAGUUGAUUAUUCUUGAUGAAGCUGAUGCAAUGACUAACGAUGCCCAGAAUGCACUUAGGAGAAUUGUGGAAAAGUUUACAGAAAAUGUUCGCUUUUGCCUCAUCUGCAACUACCUUAGUAAAAUCAUUCCUGCCAUUCAGUCACGCUGCACACGAUUCAGAUUUGGCCCUUUAUCAUCGGAACAGAUCCUUCCUCGCCUCAAUCAUGUCAUUGAAGAAGAAAGUGUUCAAGUGACAGAGGAUGGGAAAAAAGCACUGCUAGCCCUUUCAGGAGGGGACAUGCGGAAGGUUCUAAACAUUUUGCAGUCCACUGCCAUGGCUUACAAGGAGGUCUCUGAGGAUAAUGUGUACACCUGCGUGGGCCACCCCCUGCGCUCAGACAUCACAAACAUCAUCAACUGGAUGCUGAAUGAAGAUUUCCAGCUUGCCUACAAAAGUAUCCUUUUUACUGUGAACCCCAUGUAUAAUGCUUUCUUAUG